UGUGUGCGACACAUUUAGAUGUCUACUAUGGCGGCGUCCUGUCAAGCGUGCGAGUGUUGUUUUGAUUCUCACAUGUAAGGUUUAUGGCAAAUAUGCGUGAAACACUGGAUGAUGCCGUGGAUAGUGGCGGAAUAGAAGUGAUUAUUCAGAAUGAAAGGGACACAACGGCACCGCGGUGUCCACAUGAUACGUGCUUUUCCCAGGACCAGCUCUGUUGUUCGAGAAAACUGGCAAUGGAGAGGAGAAAGGAAGGAGAUUUUACGCGUGUUCUGCUUGUCGGGACAGAAAAGACUGCAACUUUUUUCAGUGGGCAGACGAAAAGAUAUCUGAGGCAAGGAUGCUUGCCAGAGAAGAACAGAACCGCUCAAAGAUGCCUCUUUUCAGUCAUCAGGAAUGCAGCUCUAGAUUUAGAGAGUUUGUUUCUCUCCCGCUGGAGCAGAGAAGGUUCUGUGUGGACUGUCAGCUGCUGAUUCUUCCUGGAGAAUGGGCGAAUCAUGCGAAACACAAGGCACUUUCUCAGGACAUCACAGUGCAGCGACUGAAAAGGCCCAGUCUACUUCUGUGUCCUCUAGAUAACAAGAAGAGUAACGCACAAUAUCUGUUUGCGGAUCGGAGCUGUCAUUUCCUCCUGGAUAUGCUCUCGGGCUUAGGCUUCCAGAAAAUUCUCUGUGUUGGGACACCACGAUUACAUGAGGUGAUUAAGUUACGGAAUAUGGAGGACAAGAGUCCGACAAUGAAGAGUUUAUUGCUGGAUAUUGAUUACAGGUACUACCAGUUUUACGGGCAGGAUGAGUUCUGUCGCUAUAAUAUGUUCAACCAUCACUUUUUUGAUGAUGAGGAAGCGGUCACAUUUUUUCAAGGCUUUCUGCGUGAGGAGGGAGGAGCCAAGGUAGUCAUGAUAACAGACCCCCCAUUCGGAGGCCUAGUGAAGCCACUAGCCAACAGUUUCUCUCAGAUGUCAGUCACCUGGAAAAAUCUGAAUAAUGUAAGCGAUGCAGGUCAGAUACCAAUGAUCUGGAUCUUCCCGUACUUCUUCGAGUCCCGUAUCCUGGAGUGUUUUCCCUCCUUCUCUAUGCUGGAUUACCAGGUUGAUUAUGAUAACCACCUUCUAUACAAACACGGAAAGACAGGCCGUAAGCAGUCACCUGUUCGACUUUUCACCAAUCUGAGCCCCAAAGAUAUCAUUCUACCAGAGGAUGAAGGUUACAGAUUUUGCAGUGUUUGUGAGAGGUAUGUGUCAGCAGGAAACAAACACUGCCCAAAGUGUGAUGCAUGUCCAUCUAAGGAUGGGCGAGAAUGGAGGCACUGUGAUGAAUGUGGACGAUGUGUGAAGCCUUCAUGGCGUCAUUGUUCCUCAUGUGGUCACUGUGCUCUCCCUGAUCACCCUUGUGGUCAGAGCCGAACUGGCUGUUUCAACUGUGGCAGCCAAAAACACAAACUUAGAGCUUGUCCUAAGAAACACAAUAAACGAAAGAUUGUGCCAGGUAGCCAUGGUGCACCAGGCCUGUUAAAACACAUUGCUGGCAAAUCCACAACUAAGAACAAGAGGAGGAGAAGAAGAGUUACAUGAUCUCGCUCACAGUGCAUUACAGAAUGCAUUUGUGGCUGCUGAAAAUUGCAUCAUGAUCACAAACUGUGAAACGGCUAACUGGUGUUAAACCUACAUCUAUAUAAGGAUGUGGCCAAAGUUGUCUUGCAUCUUGUUUUUGUCACAAGCUCAUCCUGGAGUAAUGUUUCAAAGAAGCUUUGUUCCAGCUUAUGUGGCUCAAACAGUGAUCUGUGGACAAAAUCUUUGAAUACAACUACUGUAUUACUGGAAUAGAUGUCAUGUUUGAAAUUUACAAAAAAAAAAAAAAACAGAUUUCUUGUUAAAUAUUUAAUUUAAAGAAACAGGAACAAUAAAGCUGGAAAGCAUGUCAUACUUCACUUUUUUUAAAAACAAAGGAACAAUUUAUUGCCAGUUCUCAAGAAAUUGUGCUUUAGAAUGUGUGCUUAAACAAGACAGAAGCAUUUGGAAGUUGAUAAAUCACCAGUGCUUAUGGAUACAGCCAAGGUAAAGUGAUGCUCAGCACCUAGUGUACAUUUUAAGCUUAGUGUUAUUAAAGAGAAAGAAACUUCAA